ACGCCGACCCGGCUGGCGAGGACUGUACACCGGCGCCCGUUUGCCUGCCAAGCCGAGCCUGCCCCGACCCCUAAGAUGAAGAGGGCGAUCGCUGAAGGAAGCAAACUGCUGAUUUUGGUGCUUUGCUUGAACAUCCAGUCGGAAGUGGAAUCUUGCCCCGGGGCGUGUGUAUGCUACAGUGAACCCAAGAUCACAAUAAGCUGUCAGCAGCAGGGACUGACUGUAAUCCCCACUGAGAUCCCCAUACAGACCCAGCGCAUCUUCCUGCACAACAACAAGAUAACCCUGGUGAGAUCCACCAGCUUCACUUCCUGCCGCAACAUGACUAUCCUUUGGAUCCACUCCAACAACAUUAGCCUCAUCGAGUCUGGGGCAUUUUAUGGGCUUGACAAACUGGAGGAGUUAGACCUCAGUGACAAUGUGAACUUGAAGUCCAUCAAUCCCACCACUUUCCGGGGACUCAUUCACCUUCACGCCUUACAUCUGGAUCGCUGUGGGCUCCUGGAGCUUUCCACAGGGCUUUUCCGAGGGUUGUUCUCCUUGCAGCAUCUCUACCUUCAGGAUAAUAACCUGCAGAACCUGCUGGAUGACACUUUCCUAGAUCUUGCAAAUCUAACCUACCUGUUUUUGCAUGGUAAUAAAAUUAAGAGCUUGUCAGAGAAUGUCUUUCGUGGGCUGAUCAACCUGGAUCGGCUCCUGUUGCACCAGAACAGAGUCAGCCUGGUUCACCGCAGGUCUUUUCAUGACCUGGGGAAAGUGAUGACCUUGUAUCUGUUCAAUAACAACUUGACAGUGCUCACUGGAGAAACGAUGGCUCCUUUGGUCUCCCUCCAAUACCUUCGUUUAAAUGGCAACCAGUGGAUCUGUGAUUGUCAGGCUCAGUCCCUCUGGAAUUGGUUUAAACAGUUUAAAGGAUCGUCGUCGGAGCUGGAGUGCCAUCUGCCCAGUAACUUGGCAGGGAGAGACCUCAAAAGACUGCAGAGCAGCGACUUGGAAGGAUGUAUGGACUCUUUCAAUCAGAUAAGAACAAGUGUUUUUAGUACUAAGACCAGAUCUGGCAAACUGCCAACCACCGACUCCCCUCUAAAUUCCCGGGAUGGCGCCCAGAAGUGCUGUCAGCCGGAAAUGGAUAAAUCCUUUAUUUAUGAAGCCAAGGGCAAGGCAGGUUCAUCUUCACACAGCAGCCGGCCAUCCCCCAACAACCCUUUCAAAGACAAGGAGAACAUGUCCAAAACCAAGUACAUUGAAACAGACCCUUCCAAAAAUGGGAGCAACAAGCAGAUAAACGACUCCCCUUUUGGGACCUUCCCCAGCAUUGUAGACCCUCCCUUGACCAAGUUGAAACCAGAAUUCCUAGGUCCCAUUCAACCCUCCACAGUCCCAACCAAAAAGAGGCAGGGGUGCUCGAAAAAAAACAAGUCGAAGGCCCAGUGCCGCCUCACCCAGCAAGCAAACAGCUCCACAUUACAGCCAAGCCUAAGUAUUUUGCUUCCCCUCUCGGUGUGGAGCUUACUGUUGUUAUGCUAAAAGCAACUCUUUCCCUUGGCCAAUGACACGUUAACACCAGAAUUUUGCUGACCUCCAUUAAUGUUGCAAGAGUGAAGCAAACUGCUAUACACCCCGAGAAAGCUUUGUUAACUGGAUGCCUUUAUAAAAAACAAAAAAAAGACAAAACCAAGAUGUACAUAAUUUAUUUGUCCUGAAACCUGUGAGUUAUACCUUUUGGUCUUUGGAACUGCACUUACUCACAUAGCAGCUGUUGCUACAGCAGAUGGUAAAGAAAUAGAAUUAA